AUGAAAGGCUGCCUUGUUUGUGUGUUUGUGUUUCUGGUAGCUUCAAGAGCGUUUUUUGAGGAAGUUGGUGCAGCUGGGGAAUGUGGAAAGACCCCAAUUAGGUCAGCAGCAACUAGCUUGAGCCCGUGCUUGAGCUCAGCUAGAAAUGUGAGGGCCAAGGUUCCUCCAACUUGUUGCACCAAAGUUGGGGCCUUGAUAAGUACUGCCCCAAAAUGCCUGUGUGCGGUUUUGUUGUCCCCUUUGGCAAAGCAGGCUGGUAUCAAUCCCGCCAUUGCUAUCACUAUUCCAAAGAGAUGCAAAAUCAGGAACCGACCUGCUGGAAAGAAGUGCGGAAGAUAUGUUGUCCCAUAA